UUACCUAAGCAUCUCCAGGGACAUAGAUCAAGAUUUCAUGCCUGCUGAUUCCUGACAGUCGAGUUAUCUGAACUACAUUUUUUGAGGGGAAAGGGAAUUUUUAACCUCAAUCUUUCAGCUGUCCAGUUCAGGAUGUAUUCACACAAGCAAUUAUGUAAACAGAGCUGAAGCGAGAACAAACAGCAGGACUAGGCAGAGGCUGCAGACAAGCAAGAGUGGCAGGAAUAUCACAGACUGAUUUUACAGCAAGAGCUGCAUAUCUAUCAGAUAAUCACCACCAAGUGGUGCAUUGCUGAGCUAACUGGCUACCUCCUCCACCAGUGCUGUGCUUCAUCAUGCUCAGGAACGAAGCCUCCCAAAUUCCUCAGAAGCCAAAGCUGGAAUAGCCUUUUUGGCUGGAAAAAAAAAUCACACCCAGGUUUCAGUUGCAGAAAAUAUUCACACAAGCUCAGAUAAAAAAUGAAUCGCUCCUAGCCUGCAGAGUUCUCCUCCUUGCAGCUCCUCAGGAGUGUUUCCUUGCAGGUUGUCACUCUCCCACCCAUCAGCUCUCCAGGGACUUUUCUGACUACAGGUGAAGGGCAGAGGAUCCCUUUGAGCUUCUUUUUCCAUCGAGCUACCUGCAGCUGGCAAUCUACCCAUUUGUAAUGUCAGCUGCUAGGGAGAGGAAUUGGGGAAGCCAAUAACCAGUGAACCCGAAGCAAAUCGACAUUGUUUGGAGCCAUAGCACUGGAUGCGAUCCAUCAUGCCAACCGCACAUAGAGCCUUCUGCAAAAUCUCGUGCUCAGCCCUGCGAUUUUCCAGCAGAACCAGAGCAAUGCGGAUCAUUUGGUUCAUUUUAAUCUUCAUCUCCUUGAGCAGUCACGGAGGAGCUCAUGGGCCAGACAGUUGUAACCACAUAGGAGGCUUGUGCCGAGUUGGAAACUGUGUUUCUGGUGAAUAUCUGGCCAGAUACUGCUUCGAACCCAUUAUUCUCUGUUGCAAACUUCUGUCACCCACUACCACAAAGAGCUGAAGAUUUCCAAAGGUGGAAAAUGCAGCACAUGGAGAGCUGCAUAAAACACUAACAAGAAAUGAGCUGCUGUUGGGAAGGAAAUGUUAUGCCUUUCUGUGACUGUUUCUUCGCUGGGAGAACAUGGCUGUAGAUUCACUCAUGGACUUCAGAUCAAAUUGCUUUUUGCUUUUGCUGUGACUUUCUAGGUAACACUAUGACAAGAAGAAAUUGGGGCCACACAGACUAUAUAUUGCCUCUUUUGGUAUCUGGUUACCUGUCACGCACAGGUGAGAAAUUGCCUUUCUCCUUACCUGAAAGCAAUAAACCUGAAUUUUAACAGAAC